AUGGCUACUCCUUCAGACGACAUUUUGUCUUGGACUAACCAGGACCCUCGCGAAAGUCAGUUGUUCAACUCUUGGGGAGUCCUAUAUCGAUUUCAGACUACCGUAAGUCCCAACGGACAGAGCGUGACCACGCUAUGGCGCUCCAUCCGAACGAACAAGGAAGACCGCGUCGCGAAGCUCGAGUGGGCUGCCAACGGUGGUCUUGGUCGAAUAGUCAUCGGCAAGAACACUCUGCCGAUGUCCGACCUUGUUCUGGCGGACCCACGCAUAUACGGUUCUCGUGUUUUCAAUGGCCCAGAUGGUCAGCAAUACCGGUGGCGUCCUAGUACUACCAGCUCGGACAUCGUGCUUCAAGAUUCGAAUGGCGCCGUUAUUGCCUUCUUCCGCUCUACACAUCCAACACGUUACCAGAUCGGCGAUGUGUACGGCGAGCUCCACUUUAUACGGACGGCAGGUUCAGGAACAGUGAUGCAUCCACCAAUUAUGGACAUGGUCACUGUUACUGCUAUGCUCUACCGUUUCUGCGCGCUGUUCAACCUGAAGUAA